UACAGCUAUCAACUGGGCAGAUCGCGCGUAGUCCAUGCCCUGGCUUCCUUUGCUUCUCUGAUCUGCGGCGCCCGGACGAUUCCCAGAUCACUGCUUCUUUCAAAGCGCAGACACAGAGGAGGUGAGACCGGCGGGCUGUGGAGCUGAAGCUCCGAGGCCCGCUGGGUCUGGCACGCAGGGAAGACCCACGCGUGGAUGCGAUUUGGAAUUGGGAUCCUGGGUCUCAGGAGAUCCGGAGUGUGGAAGCGCCGCGGAGACUCUGUGUCACUCCGAGUGUCAACAGCUGCGGGAGGCAAGUUUGUCGGGGACAGAGUCUCGGCCACCAUGGCUCCCACGCUGAAGCAGGCGUACCGCAGGCGCUGGUGGAUGGCUUGCACCGCUGUGGUGGAGAACCUCUUCUUCUCCGCGGUGCUCCUGGGCUGGGCCUCCCUGCUGAUCAUGCUCAAGAAGGAAGGCUUCUAUUCCAACCUGUGCCCAGCUGAGAAUAGGACCAGUACCAUCCAAGAUGAACAGCGUCAGUGGGCAAGCUGUGACCAGCAGGAAGAGAUGCUCAACCUGGGUUUCACCAUUGGCUCCUUCCUGCUGAGUGCUACCACGUUGCCUCUGGGGAUUCUCAUGGACCGCUUUGGGCCCAGGCCCCUGCGCCUGGUGGGCAGUGCCUGCUUUGCCGCAUCCUGCACUCUCAUGGCCUUGGCCUCCCGGGACACCGAAGUUUUGUCUCCAUUGAUAUUCCUGGCACUGUCCUUGAAUGGGUUUGCUGGCAUCUGCCUAACGUUUACCUCACUUACUCUGCCUAACAUGUUUGGGAAUUUGCGAUCCACUUUCAUGGCCCUCAUGAUUGGUUCCUAUGCAUCUUCUGCCAUCACAUUUCCUGCAAUCAAGCUGAUCUACGAUGCUGGAGUCCCCUUCACGGUCAUCAUGUUCACGUGGUCUGGCCUGGCCUGUCUUAUCUUUCUGAACUGUGCUCUCAACUGGCCUGCAGAAGCCUUUCCUGCCCCUGAGGAAGUUGACUACACGAAGAAGAUCAAACUCACUGGGUUAGCCUUAGACCACAAGGUCACAGGUGACCGCUUCUACACCCAUGUCACCAUCGUGGGUCAGCGGCUGAGUCAGAAGACCCCCAGCCUGGAGGAGGGGGCUGACACCUUUAUUUCAUCUUCGGAUAUCCCUGGUACCUCAGAAAAGACUCCCGAAAAGUCUGUCCCUUUUCGGAAGAGCCUCUGCUCCCCCAUUUUCCUGUGGAGCCUCGUCACCAUGGGCAUGACCCAACUUCGGGUCAUCUUCUACAUGGGUGCCAUGAACAAGAUCCUGGAGUUCCUUGUGACUGGUGGCAAAGAAUGUGAGACGAAUGAGCAGAGACAGAAGGUGGAAGAGACAGUUGAGUUCUACUCUUCCAUCUUUGGAGUCAUGCAGCUGCUGUGUCUUCUCACCUGCCCCCUCAUUGGCUACAUCAUGGACUGGCGCAUCAAGGACUGUGUGGAUGCUCCAACGGAGGGCUCCCUGAAUGAGAGUGCUUCCUUUGGAGAUGCCAGAGAUGGGGCUAUACCCAAAGUCACCAGACCACGCUACCGCAAGAUACAAAAGCUCACCAAUGCCAUCAAUGCCUUCACCCUGACCAACAUCCUGCUUGUGGCAUUUGGCAUCACCUGCCUCAUCAAGAACUUACACCUGCAGUUGGUGGCCUUUGUCCUGCACACCGUAGUUCGUGGUUUCUUCCACUCGGCCUGUGGAGGUCUCUAUGCUGCUGUGUUCCCGUCCAAUCAUUUUGGGACGUUGACAGGUCUUCAGUCCCUCAUCAGUGCCGUGUUUGCUCUGCUGCAGCAGCUACUCUUCAUGGCCAUGGUGGGACCCCUGCAUGGAGAUCCCUUCUGGGUGAAUCUGGGCCUCCUGAUUCUCUCGCUCCUGGGAUUUCUCCUACCUUCCUACCUCUACUACUACCGGUCUCGUCUGCAGAGAGAGUAUGCCACCAACUUGCUAGACCCACAGAAGGUGCUCAAUACUUCGAAGGUGACUACAUAGACUCCUGAGGCCAAGAGACUUGGAGGACAAGCAACUAAGGCCUGAUAAAGCAAAGGGAAUGGCCCGUGGCUUUCUACCUGCAUCGUGUGCAUAGAGCCAGGGUCUGUGGAUUUAUAAAUACUAAGAGUUCUAUUUUUGUAGGGACUUGCAAAAAGGGAAACAAACAGAACAAAACCCCCAAACCAAAAAACAGCCCUUAAAAAAUUUCCCCAAACAAGCUGUCCAUCAACUGAAGACAGUGUUUGUUCCAGUGGUAUUGGGCCAUCUUCUUGGAAAACAGAGUGUGGGGCUGCCCUUUCUCUACACUUGGCCUAGGAGCCUCUGUGGCGCUGCCUUCUGAAAACUCAUGGGAUCAGUGAACAGACCACACUAAGAGUCCAGCUGCCAAGUGUGCACACAUAUAUGUUGUGCACAUGCAUAAGGCAUCCUUUCCAGCAGGAGAGGGCCUGAGGGGCUGGUUGUAUCCAGGAUGGGGUGUGGGAGCUGGAGGGCAGGUUCCCUCCCUGGUGCUGUUUCUUACAGGUCUUAGAGGAAAUAAAAAGGGAGAUGAAAUCUG